UUCACAGUUGCGCUCUCUUUUAAGCGCAGGCUCUGAGGAAAAACAUCGCGAGCCUCGAGCCUUAAAUUAAAACGCCACAAUAUCAUAAACAAACGAUUAACGGCGGAUUACGUAACAUCUGACAGCUUUGUGAAUACUUCAACACAUCAAAUUUCAUAAUGCCGCAGAACGAACACAUCGAGUUACACCGUAAGCGUCAUGGAUACCGGCUGGACCAUCACGAGAGGAAGCGAAAGAAGGAAAGUCGUGAGGCACACGAGCGAUCACACAAAGCCAGAAAGAUGAUCGGACUCAAAGCCAAACUCUACCACAAACAGAGACAUGCCGAGAAGAUCCAGAUGAAGAAGACCAUUAAGAUGCAUGAACAGAGGAAAAGCAAACAGAAAGAUGAUGACAAAACACCAGAGGGGGCGGUGCCAGCUUAUCUGCUGGACAGAGAGGGCCAAUCACGUGCCAAAGUUCUCUCUAACAUGAUUAAACAGAAGAGGAAAGAGAAGGCUGGAAAGUGGGAGGUUCCUCUACCGAAGGUCCGAGCUCAGGGUGAGACGGAGGUUCUGAAAGUCAUCCGUACAGGAAAGAGACAGAAAAAGGCCUGGAAGAGAAUGGUGACCAAAGUCUGUUUCGUGGGAGACGGCUUCACACGCAAACCACCCAAAUAUGAACGUUUCAUCAGACCGAUGGGUCUGAGGUUUAAGAAAGCACAUGUCACUCAUCCUGAGCUAAAGGCGACGUUCUGUUUGCCCAUUUUGGGCGUGAAGAAGAACCCCUCGUCCACACUCUACACCACGCUGGGAGUCAUCACCAAAGGAACAGUCAUCGAGGUCAACGUCAGCGAGCUUGGAUUGGUCACACAGGGCGGGAAGGUUAUUUGGGGUAAAUAUGCCCAGGUGACGAACAACCCAGAAAAUGAUGGUUGUAUUAAUGCUGUCUUGUUGGUUUAAGUGAAACCUGAAGCAUUUAAAACCGAACUGUGCCUCCGAGUACACCUCUUCUGUCCUAUACUGUUGUCAUCAUCUUGGAAGCCAUCAAGUCUCAUAACGUGGCAUAAUUUGGAUAGAUGACGGGUUGUCCUGUCAUGAAGUUUCUUUGCAUCCGGACCCAAAAUUUGAAGAACAUGUGGAUCAAAAAUAAAGUGCUAGAAAUAAAAUGUU